UUGAGCACCACCGUGCGUGUGUGUGUGUGUGUGUGACGGGAUCGAGGCGCCGGGUGAGGCGAGGGUGAGGAGCGGUGUUUGUUGACUAUUUUGUGGGUGUGGAGGUGUCCUCGCCGAGUAAGCCGCCUCUGUGGUGUUCCCUGCUGGUGUGCCCCCGUCAGACGUGAGCCUCAGUGGUGCCAAGAUGUCGCGCAAGAAGCUAGAAGAUCUGCUGGCCAUCGAGCAGCAGACACAGAAGCAAUGGGAAGAGAUGAAGGUGUUUGAGGAAGAUGCACCAACCAAGGGGAAGGCUGAGAAGUACCUGGCCACCUUCCCUUACCCUUACAUGAAUGGCCGCCUCCACAUGGGCCACACUUUCACCCUAACCAAGUGUGAGUUUGCUGUUGGAUAUCACCGGCUGAAGGGCAAGAAAUGUCUCUUCCCCUUUGGUCUUCACUGCACAGGAAUGCCCAUCAAAGCAAGUGCAGACAAGCUGAAGCGGGAAGUGGCUGACUUUGGCUGUCCCCCGAAAUUCCCUGAGGAGGAAGAGGAGCAGCAGCAAGAAGUGCAGGAAGUGACCAUCAAGGAUAAAUCAAAGGGCAAGAAGAGCAAAGCUGCAGCCAAGACAGGAGGCGUGAAGUACCAGUGGCAGAUCAUGCAGAGUCUUGGGCUGCAGGAUAGUGAGAUUCAGCAGUUCACUGACGAGGACCACUGGCUGCGUUACUUCCCACCUCGCUGCAUUGAAGACCUUAAGCGCCUCGGCCUGCACACUGACUGGCGCCGCUCCUUCAUAACCACCGAUCGUAACCCAUACUACGACUCCUUUGUACGGUGGCAGUUCUUCCGCCUCAGGGAGAGAAAGAAGAUCCAGUUCGGGAAAAGGUACACAAUUUACUCCCCUAAGGAUGGCCAGCCUUGCAUGGACCACGACAGGUCAUCAGGGGAAGGCGUUGGGCCACAGGAAUACACCCUCAUCAAGAUGCGAGUGCAGGAGUUGACCGGCAAGCUGAAGUCUCUCGCUCCCAGGCCCGUGUUCCUCAUAGCUGCCACCCUCAGACCUGAGACUAUGUAUGGCCAGACCAACUGUUGGCUGGGCCCAGAUCUGACUUACAUUGCAGUGGAGACCAAACAGAAGGAGGUGGUAGUGUGUACACGCAGGGCAGCACGGAACAUGGCCUACCAGGAGAUGCUGAGUGUUGAGAAUGAGGUGAAGCCAAUUCUGGAAGUGAAGGGAAAGGAACUUAUGGGACUCAAACUGGCAGCCCCACUCACCAGCUACGGGACCAUUUACACCUUGCCUAUGCUUACUGUGAAGGAAGACAAGGGCACUGGAGUGGUGACCUCAGUGCCUUCUGAUGCACCUGAUGACUUUGCAGCCCUGGUGGAUCUGAAGAAUAAGCCGGCACUGAGGGAGAAGUACGGCAUCACCGAGGAGAUGGUCAACGUGGAACCUGUGCCCAUUAUUGAUGUCCCUGACUAUGGGACACUGAGUGCUCCAACAAUCUGUCAGAUGAUGGGUAUUAAGUCUCAGAACGACAAGGACAAGCUGAUAGAAGCCAAGGAGAAGGUGUAUCUGCGAGGCUUUUAUGAAGGAACCCUCAUUGUGGGAGAGUUCAAGGGGAAGAAGGUUCAGGAUGUCAAGAAGGGAAUACAAGAGAAGCUGGUCAAGAGCAAGGAGGCGAUGGUGUACCAGGAGCCAGAGAAGCAGAUCAUAUCCCGGUCUGGAGAUGAGUGUGUGGUGGCUCUGUGUGACCAGUGGUACCUGGACUAUGGCGAGCCCAAGUGGCGGGCAGAGACUCAGAAGAACCUGAACAGCUUGGAAACUUACCACGAAGAGGUGAGGCGGAACUUUGAGGCCACGCUGGACUGGCUGAAGGGCCACGCCUGCUCCAGAACGUAUGGGCUUGGCACCUACCUGCCUUGGGAUGAGAAUUGGCUGAUUGAGUCCUUGUCUGAUUCCACUAUCUACAUGGCUUACUAUGCAGUGGCCCACAUUCUGCAUCCUGAUGUGUACGGCCAGGAGAAGGGUGAGUUUGGCAUCACUCCAGAGCAAAUGACACCUGAAGUAUGGGAUUACGUGUUCCACCAAACUAACAAGCCACCCAAGACACCUAUCAAAAAAGAAGGACUGGAGAAAAUGAGACAUGAGUUUGGCUUUUGGUACCCUGUGGAUUUGAGAGCAUCAGGGAAAGACUUGGUGCCAAACCAUUUGACGUACUACUUGUACAACCACACUGCCAUCUGGCCAAGUCAGCCUGACAAGUGGCCUCAGUCCAUCAGAGCUAAUGGCCACCUUCUUCUGAAUUCAGAGAAGAUGUCAAAGUCAACUGGUAAUUUCCUGACAUUAGUGGAUGCUCUUAAUAACUUUGGGGCUGAUGGAACCAGAAUGGCCCUGGCUAACUCUGGAGACUCAGUGGAGGAUGCAAACUUUGAGACUCAAGUAGCAGACUCUGCCGUGCUCAGACUGUGGACAUUUGUGGAGCUGGUGAAGGAAAUGCUGUCAGAAAAGGCCUCAAUGCGCAGCGGGUCGUCCUUUACAGUUAACGACAGGAUGUUCACUGCUGAGAUGAACCUGAAGAUAAAGGAGGCAGAUGAACAUUACAAGAACUUAAUGUUUAAGGAAGCCCUUCGGACCUGCUUCUUUGAAUACAGUAAUUUGUUCCACCAGUACAGGGAGAGAGCACAAGUUCAAGGGGGACUUCACUGGGAUCUUGUCCAGCGUUACUUCACCACGCAAGUGAUUAUUUUGUCCCCAAUCUGUCCACAUGUGUGUGACUACGUGUGGCAGAAAGUGUUAGGUAACAAAGAGUCUGUCCUUAACACCACCUGGCCAGUCAUGGAGGAGCCUGACCUCACCCUGGUGCAAGCUUCUGAAUACCUUGCCGAGGCCUCUCACCGUUUCCGUCUUCGCCUGAAGGCCCACAUGACCCCAAGCAAGCCCAAGAAAGGAGAGGCACCUGCACCACCCCAGGUACCCUCACAUGGCAUUAUCUGGAUUGCCAAAACCUUCCCCAAGUGGCAGAGCACCAUUCUGGCAACAAUGCAAGAACUUUACAAGGGUAACAAUAACUGCCUCCCUGAUAACAAAACACUCAGCAAGGCCCUGGGUGCCAAUCCUGCCCUCAAGAAGUACAUGAAGAAAGUAAUGCCAUUUGCUCAGCUGGUGCGAGAAAGGAUGAACACCAUUGGAGAGAAGGCCCUUAAGAAUACUGUUGACUUUGAUGAGCGUAGUAUCUUGGAAGAGAAUCUUGAUUAUGUGCGUGGAACUCUAGACUUGGAGGGGCUGAGUCUGGGGUGGACUGAGGACUGUGACAAUGAGCGCACACAGGAAGAAGUGGUGCCUGGGGAACCUUUCAUCACCUUCACCACAGCACCAAACCUCCCUCUCACUCUGGUCAACCCUCAAGCUCAUGCUGGCUUCUUCCAGUGUUGUCUGCCUGUCUAUGAGGGAGACACUGUGGCUGCCCUGGUGACGCGCCUCAAGCGACGAGAGCGUGCCAUCAAGCCAUCCAUGAAGGUCACACUUCACAGGUACAAGGAUCCUUUGCUGGGACCUCGCUGCAUGCCGACACUGGUAGGACUGCUCCAGGGCAUGGAGGAGAUGGGCGAGCAGGUAACACUUUCACUGAAGGACAGUGCUGUUCACUUCACCUCUAAUGGGUCCACACUUUUCCUUGGAUCAAAGAUCCUUUACAUGGCACAGUAAUAUUCUGCGUCUGAAGAGUGGAUGGGGUAGGAUGUUGGGGGGAAUAUCUAUAAAAAAGCAGCAAGUUUAUAAUUUAUAAUCCAAAAGAUUUGCAUAUAAAGUUUCUAAAGAUUACACAAAGCUACUGCCAAGUUAUGUACAAGUUGCACAUUGCAGGGGCUCAUCAUACACACAUGUCAAACUGGAGGCAGUGAUAUUGUGAUGCAUUGUAUAAAAAUUGAUAAGUUGAAGCCACAAUGUGCAAUACAAUACACUCAGGAUAAAUCUAGCUAUGAUUGUGGAAGGUUGAUGAAGGAAAA